GCACCUCAAUAGUAGCCAGGAAGACGAUGCGCACCUCUCCAACAGUUACUGAAGUUGCUGUUCUAUAUUUUGUAUACAGAGGGACUUUGACCAUGACCUUCGGGUUCCAAAGCCAAAGUCUUUACAAAGAACAUUCACAUCCCCUUUGUUCCGUUCAUCCAUCCAUUUUCCGAUCCGCUUUAACCUCACAAGGGUCGUGUCUUUGUUCCAUGAAAUUGUAUUAAUUUAUUCCCAACAAUAUAUUCACUUAAUUUGGAAUUUCUCCUGGCUGCAUUUAUUCCAAAGAAUUGAUGUGAAUUGUAGAUUUUUUAUUUUAUUUUUUUUUGUACCAUCAAAUUACAGCAUCUGUGUUUUGGCAUGUCAAUCUUAUCUGCCCGGGCCCGGCCUUCAGGAUUACUAGUGCUGGUUGUUGUCAUAUCCACUGCAUUGUAUUAGCAAUGAGGCUGUUUAUUUAAUCAAUCAGAUUUCAGAUGUGCCUCACAGGGCCAAAUAGCUGGUCAACAGUAAUGCCAGCAGUCCUCUGAUUGGUUGGUCAGAGCAUGAGCUUUGAGAUUGUUUUUUAAGAUUUGAUCAAGCAAGUUUGAUUUGCAAACACAUACAUAGUCAUACGCACACAAUAAUAAUUUUUAAUAAUCAGCAUCUCUAGAUGUGCGGUGGUGAGCGUCCCACGCGAUGUGUCAGUUUGAGAUGCUUACAGUCACUUCCCUCCUUCCUCAAUUCAAAGUGAGUUGAGACUUGUAGAGUGAUGCAAGAGGCCAAAAUGAUGAAUUAUUAUCGCAGAGAAACGGAAGCGUCCGGAGCCUGCAGCAGUCUCAACUGGGCUAAGUUUGAAAAUAACCUUCAGGUGUCAUCAGCCGCUCUGUCUCCAGUUAUGGAAAGUUCCCCCUCCACGGCCAGGAGGCGAAUGUGGGCCAGUGGAGGUCAACAGUUCUCCAGUCUGGAAGAAUUGGGCCCCCUUUGCAGCUCCCUCUCCGAAUCUAUAUCAGAUGAUGAUGAUGAUGUCUUUGCAGAUGACUGCUCCAUGGGAAAAACUGAGUUCUUGCUGCAAAAGUGCGGACGUACAAUGCACCCUGCCAGCAACGAAAGACACAUUGACCUCACCAGCAAUGUUUCAGAGGUGCUCCAGUCACGUUCGGAGGAUGCCGAAGAGAUGCUGUGGCAGUUGGGGUUCGGCUGCGAUGACCCGCAGCUGACUGUGCGCAUUCCCCCUCGCUUCCUCUCCUUCCCCUCUCAAGUUCGUGGAAUCAACUUCCGCCUCUUCCUGGAGUCGCAGGUCCGACGGAUACGCGAGGAGGACCCCAGCCUGUGUAUAGCAAGUCGUUUCAGACAAGUCCAAGCGCUGACCGCAAUGGCCAACGCGUUCUGUUCACUGUACUCGCACGUGUCUCGCACCCCCCUGCGCAAACUCGGAGCGCCACAAUUCAACUUCGCCCUGUCGACGCCCACCAAGAGCAGUGUGAGAAGCGAGCUGCGCUCCCCCAGUGAGAGGCUGAAGGACACCGUCUCCAUGAUGUGCCUCUACACCUCAGCAAGGAGAAGGUCCAGCCUGUCUGUGGCUGAUCUAGUCCCCCAGCAGGUCCAGACCGAGACUAAUAAUGGACCCGAAGAAAAAGACAAACAUGUGGCAACACAAGUUGUUUUUGAUACCCAUGCCAAACAAAAUCAAAGCCUCUCAAAAUUGAAACCGGUGUCCACGGUAACCUAUGAGCUAAUCAGUCCAAAGAUAGUCGAGCGUGUUCAUCAAGCCAACAUCUUACAUAAUGUCUUUUGGAAGACGGAAGACAAAGACGAGUCAAGCCAUGGAGUUCCAAACAAGUCCACAGCCUCUGAGUCUGCAUCCAGACAACUUGCAGUCCAGACCCCGACAGUGUCUUCAGAUGUCUGUCAACAUUCAAUUUCAGAUAUCUUCCCUGCAAAGCCUCCAAGAUGCAUCGACUACCUCAAGAACUGCGAUAAGGUGCAUCGUGUCGAGGAGGAAGAGAGAGCAAGAGAAACACCAACAUAACACAAAGGUACUGCAGUGCAUUGUGGGCAGCGUUGGCACGAGCGUCCUCAGUGUUCGCGGCGAAGCCGUGGCACACCGUGAUUGGCUGCGUGGACAGCUCCACCAGACACUGGCACCGGCCACUCAGGCUUCGCUCCUCUGAAACCAAAGACAAGGAUCCAUUAACACAGACAAAAAA